AGCCCCAACGUCAUACAUUCUCGUCGAUGCUAACAUCCGCCCUGAGGGAGAUCCUGCCGAUCGCGAUAACAAGAGCCUACACAGCGUAAAUAGCGAUCAGGAUGGGCACGAUGCUCUAGAAGUAGUCUUCGACCACGAUGCCAUCCACCGCCGCAAGUCCUCUCUCGUUCCCUCUAUGGCCGCUCGCCCCGAGAACGGCCGUCGGAAAACUCAAUGCUUCGUACACACACUCCUCGAAAAGCACGAUGGGGUCCCUUUCAAGGACCACAACGCGUCCUACGAAGGCCUGGCACAAGAGCGCCGAAUGGACAAAGACCCGCACAACCAUGCCGACCAGUCGAACCACUCGCGACUUUUGACGAAGAAGCAGAUAUCAGACAUGGCAUUUGGCAUAAGAGAACUGUCAAAGAAGCUUGCGCAGAUUAAGAUAUUGAUGCAUGUGCGGCAUAUCUUUAUUCUGGCUAAGGCGCAUGAUGAGACGUUGAUUAGGCAUACGAGGGAGACAACGGAUUGGUUAUUGACGAAGGAUCCGAAUUAUAGGGUGUAUGUGGAGAAGACACUGGAGAAUAAUAAGCUGUUCGAUUCGUCGGGGCUGCUGGACAAGAAUCCGUCAUAUCGUGGGAGGCUGAGGUUCUGGACGAACGAGCUGUGCGCUGAGAAGCCGCAGACUUUCGAUAUCGUUCUGGCGCUUGGAGGCGACGGUACCGUUCUCUAUGCUUCCUGGCUCUUCCAGCGCAUUGUACCGCCGGUCCUGGCCUUCUCGCUAGGCUCUCUUGGCUUCCUCACCAAAUUCGACUACGAGCAAUACCCCAUAACCCUCUCGCGAGCCUUCGCAGAAGGCAUAACCGUCAGUCUCCGCCUGCGCUUUGAAGCCACAAUCAUGCGCUCACAAAACCGCAACAAUGGCCCGCGAGAUCUAGUUGAAGAACUAAUCGGAGAAGAGAGCGAGGACCAUCACACCCACAGACCAGAUGGCACGCAUAAUAUUCUCAACGAAGUGGUCGUGGACCGAGGGCCAAAUCCCACCAUGUCGAGCAUCGAGCUCUUUGGCGAUGAUGAGCACUUCACCACCGUCCAAGCAGACGGUGUCUGCGUCUCCACGCCUACCGGCUCAACAGCAUACAACCUCGCGGCCGGUGGCUCCCUUUGCCAUCCGGACAACCCCGUCAUCCUCGUAACCGCUAUCUGCGCACAUACCCUCUCCUUCCGCCCCAUCAUCCUUCCUGACACUAUAGUCCUCCGUGCAGGCGUGCCGUACGACGCGCGAACCAGCUCGUGGGCGAGCUUCGACGGCAGGGAAAGAGUCGAGCUGAGACCAGGCGAUUAUGUCACGAUAAGUGCAAGCCGGUUCCCGUUUCCGAGUGUGCUACCGUUGGAUCGGAAGAGCAAGGAUUGGAUCGAUAGCAUUAGUCGGACGUUGCAGUGGAAUAGUCGGCAGAGGCAGAAGAGCUUUAAGGAGUGGAGUUCUUGAGGGGUUGUUAUCAGUUAUUCGUCUAGAUAGGCGUGGAUGUGGGCAUAAAAGUCACAGAGUUAAUUGCCACAUUACCAGUUUUAAGGACUAGGGGUUAAGGCCUUAGCACGAUCAGAAAAGUGACGCAGAUUCAAGAUUCCGGCCGUAGCACAA